ACCUUAAGCAGGCAUAUUGCCAAUACCACGUCUUCUUUCCUGCGGGGUUCCAGCAGUUGCGAUGAUCUAUAGGUCUGUACCUCUACACAUAGGUAGAGGAGGUGCCUAACUACCUAAACCAAUACAGGUAUGUACAUGGUACUUCUCACUCCGCUGUGUCCGAGGGACUGGCGGGGUGCAACAACACUUGUCUGUAACGUGCCUAUGUACCCCUCAUCGCGUGUAGUGUGUGUUUUACGUGUUAUCGAAGACGUGACGCGUGAAACCACAUCCCAUCACUAAAAAAAAUAAAAAGAGGUAUCUCUUGGGAAGCGGUGUGGUCUGUGCACCUCCCAAUUCCUCGAGCAUUUGCGGCCUGUAACGUCGAAAACACACGACGUACCGCGGUACCUGAAGGCAUCUGUUCUAAGUACAUACCUGCACGGAAUCUUCUACACGGGUACCUACGUGCGGUUACUCCCCGUGUUGUUGUACCUCACUCCUCUCUACCAGUACAUGAUAAUUCUUCUCGGCACCAUCAAAACCACCACCCCAUUAUAAUCCAAGCCGGGGUUCAUAGACUCCGUUACCCUCUCUCUGCUCAAGGCGGACGUCCUUCGCUGCUAGAUUGAUAUUCUUGGCCUAUUUCUUUUCCCCCCUCCUCCUGCCUCUCGUAAAGCGUGCUAAUAGAUGGAACCUGUUUCUGCCUCCUUAUAUGCCGUUGGGAGCUCCCGGUCCAGACGCGUCGCGUCAGCCGCCCGGCGGGAUCCUGAUGUCGUCGCCCGAAGCCUUCCUCAAGCCCCAAAGCCGUGGCGGCGCUGCCACGGCACCCCCGGGCCGGAAGCGCAAACGGGACUCUGAGGCCAUGGAGGAGUUCCUCAAGCCUUCGAUUGUAGUCAAGCCAUAUCCCCCAAAGCUCACCCUCAAGCCUCGGAGUCUCCAGCCUCUGAUGCUUCUCCCUCGAGAAUAUCUUCAGCUUUCCUUCCUAGAUCUCUCCUCCCCCCACGGCAGUUUCGAACCCUCCCGAUGCUUCGAAUCUAACAUCAAGAUUCUAGACCUCGAAGGUCGCAUGGCCUCCGUUGUGCUCAUUGCUCGGCUGGAAACCGACAAGACGCUUUAUGUACUAGAGCGUCAGAAGGAUUGCCUCUAUACUCUAUGUCAACUUGGGUCUUGGGUCGACCUCCAAGAGCUGGAGCGGUUGGCCACCGUGUCUUGCCCUGGGUUGAUCGAAUGCCGGCCAAAGACUUCGAGGGACAUGAGCACGUCACACCCGUUGACAACCCCCCAGUUACAUCACGACACCAAGAAAAGGAAACUGGCCAUAGAAGCCAUACAGGCACUCGUAAAAAGGCCGGCGAGAUCCCGUUCUGUUUCGACGCCCACGCAAAAUUUCCCCCCUGCCGAGUCUUCUGCGCUGCACCAGGCCGAUGCAGAAUCCCACCCCGAGAGCAAUGACGCUAUCCAGCGCCCAUCCCUUUCUACGGUGCCCGGAACCCAAGCAGCGGCGCCUUCUGAAUUGGACGAUGCCCUUACUCCCCCGACUGCGAGUGGUAUCUUUGACAAUAUUCGAACUCAAUAUUUGGAAUCGCUUUAUCAUUCAAUGGGUUCUUUAGGGUAUUUCGCCAAGGGCCCUCUGUCGCGAGCGCGCGCUACUUUCCAUCUAGAUUGUGACUCAAAUCUUGAAAUGAACGACCUGGUAGACUUCCUGAAGAGCCUUGUUAUGACAACCGCUCAGAUUGACAAGAAAUACCGUGAGACAAUUCCGGCCAUCAUAUCCAAGAUGAAGCCCAUAUUUCAAGAUUCGGAUGUCGAGCAAGGCACUAUCAAGUCCCGGAAACGGAAAGCGAAGAAGAUGAGGAUAGGUAAAGAUGGCUUGUAUCCGAUGGAAGCUGAUCAUAUUCGGAAGUGGUGGACUACUCAGAAACCACAGACCAAGGGUGAUGAGACGAUGACGACAGACGAGCUUCACGAGAUAAAGCUUCAGAUAGCGUGCUUACGGUCCAGGGAGACGCAACUGCAGAUGAUAAUGAUCCUCGAGAUCCUCGCGUUGGAGCCAUUGACAAGACCGGAGAAUAGCAAAGAUUCGGAGUUGCCAGGCCUGUCUGCUCCUGAAGGGGGACUUACAGAGGUAAACAAGGACGUACUCGCCAAGAAACGUAGUCGGCACAACUUUCCAUCUCUCCUCGAUAUUCACGCGGACCGGUUGUGUAUCUGGCAGUCUACUGCGCUAGAAGGAGUUAAAUUAUCGGCCGAUCCUCACGCGAGCAGCGGCUCCGAGGCGCAGAAACCAUUAGGGGCCGUGUCAGAUCCCCUGAGAGACUUCUGCGUCGAUAUCAUCGUGCCAUUCUUCUCUGCCCGGUUACCAGAACAGUGCGACUCACUCAACCGUAAGCUGGGUGGGCCAGUUAUGAUGCCGCCGCCGUUACCAACACAUCUCAAAUCUAAGAAGUCGGAAACUCCCAUAAAACCGAAACAAAAACCUAGCGUACCAAAGUCUAAGUUAGUGACAAAACGCCCCGCGUCUUCUAGGCCGUCCGUGGCACUUGAAAGAGUCCUUUCCAGAGAGACCGAGAGGCAGCGCCGGAGCAUAUCGCGAGGUCCUGGCGGAGUGAUCGCCUUGAUGAGAUCUGUUUCGACUCCUAUGUUAAAACGGGAGAUUAGCGAGCCGUUAUCUAUGACAGGCAUUCCCAAAGCAGACUCGACCGUAUCCCAAGAGAAGGCGGCGCCUCCGUUCAUGUCUACGUCUAUUAGACGAAAGUCGGAGGCCGAGAAAGCGAAGAAGGAGGCUCUGGUUAACGCAGAGCUGCAAGAUGCCAUCACCGUUCUUAGGCGGCCUAAUAGGGAAGUUGUUGGGAAAGCUAUGGCUGAGGCAGCUGAGAGGCGAGCUACAAUCAGCCUUUCUCAACUGAAGAAGUCGCGGAAACCAACCCAACAUCCACAUUCUCAAAGUGUUGUGAAAGCAACUCCGAUCGGGAAGCGCUCCAUAGAUGUACUAGGGAACAAUCAGCGAGCUCGGCCCCAGGAUGCAAAGUCUGUUGAGGCGGACCAAAUCCCCUCAUCUUCGUUGAUUCCUGCGUCGGUGCCUAGGAGACGGAACCACGAAGUAUCCUUUGCGUUUGACAAGUCCCCAGCGCCGCCGAGCUCGCAGGCGCGGGCAGACCUCGUCCAAGCGACGCCCUCCAGGCCGUCGAAUUUAAAACAGAGCUUCUUGUCCGUCCCGAGAGUCGACGAGACGCCGAUUCUCGCGUCAUCGCCGAUUCCUAUGUCCCGGAAGCCAUCGCUCAAGGGUUUUCGGGACAGCGGGAUCGAGAUGCCGACUUCUCCCAUCGAUGAGAUCACCGAAACCCCCAUCAAGCCUCGCCCUCCCCCCGUAUCGUCAGAAAGACUCAUAGCAGUUACACCUAUCAGAAGAGUAUCGAAUCAGAGUAGGGCAUUUGCUGAAAGUCCAACCGCCAUGGCUAAAGACAGGGGAGAUCAGCGUGGCAAACUGUCUAUUUUUGAGCGGCUGGGCUGGGAUGACGACCUAGAUGAACUUGGCUGAAGAGUCUGCAAAAGGGCCCGCGAGAUCUAGACAUCACCACAUCCGAUCGGUCGGGGAUCUGGGUCAGGAUAUUUGUGGAUUGCUCACGGGCGAUAAUGAAUGACGAAGCUAAUACGAAAGCAUGCAUCAAAGGCGUUUUUGGACAUUGUAGCAUUACUAGGCAUGGCAUAUAGCAUUUAUAGAUAUA